UUUACUCAUGAUGUAAUGUAAUUCAUAAAUGCUCCUCCUCCGAUCUCUCCGCCAUAAAAUCUUUCCUCUUUCUUCUUCUUCUUCGAAUAAUCUUUCUCGCUUAGUCACUUUCCAUGGCGGGCUUUCUCUCCGUCGUCCGGCGCGUAUACCUCACUCUCUACAAUUGGAUCGUCUUUGCUGGAUGGGCUCAGGUUUUGUACUUAGCGAUAACGACGUUGAAGGAAACGGGAUAUGAAAAUGUGUAUGACGCCAUUGAGAAGCCUCUCCAGCUUGCUCAGACUGCCGCCGUUCUCGAGAUUCUUCAUGGAUUAGUAGGUUUGGUCAGAUCUCCUGUUUCUGCAACUCUGCCACAGAUAGGUUCAAGGUUAUUUCUCACUUGGGGCAUCCUAUACAGUUUUCCUGAGGUCCGAUCUCAUUUUCUUGUUACGUCCCUGGUCAUAAGCUGGUCCAUCACAGAGAUUAUUCGCUACUCCUUCUUUGGCUUCAAGGAAGCUCUAGGCUUUGCACCUUCAUGGCACUUGUGGCUCAGAUACAGCAGCUUUUUGUUGCUAUACCCUACCGGUAUCACCAGUGAAGUUGGUCUUAUCUACCUUGCCUUACCACACAUCAAGACAUCAGAGAUGUACAGCGUUAGGAUGCCUAACACAUUGAACUUCUCAUUCGACUUCUUCUAUGCAACGAUACUUGUCCUUGCAAUCUAUGUCCCAGGUAGUCCACACAUGUACAGGUACAUGCUUGGUCAGCGAAAGAGAGCUCUCUCCAAAUCCAAGAGGGAAUAAAAAAAGCUUUAGAAAGAGACCAAAAAGCUCAUCAACUGCUUUCUCCUCUUGUAUUGUUCUUUCAUGUACUACUACUCGUCUUUGUUUAGCUUUUAAGGGUUUGUUUGUUUUGAGCGAUUACUUGAACUUAUGCAGGAUACUCUUAUUAAGUGUAAUGUGGUUUCUAAAUUAAUAAGAAAAUUAAUGGUUCCUUCUCA